CUGGUCUAUUCCUAAUCCGUACCUAGUAGGGUAUGGGUCCCAUGCUGCAUCAUUUCGGAGCAGCUUCUGAAGUGGCCUAGUCCCCCCGGCUUCUCCCCUGACCCUCAGCAAGGAUGAUAGCCAAACGCCACCGAAGAAUCCACCAUUUAGUGUGGCGUGAGUGGUGUGAGUGGUGUACACAGACUCUACAUGGCAUGUUGGAUCCUACUAACCAAGGGCCCAGCUGCCUCAUUACCAAUCCCUUCUCUCGAACACUCUCACUGCACCCUAUCUGUAUCGCUUCCGGGCAUAUCCAACAGCCACGAUGCAUGCGACGCCGAGACUGGCCUUACAAGUUACAGCACGGGCGGUAGGGAUGAGAAAUUAAUCCCAAUCGCUACCCUGAAACCGUUCCCCCCGUCCCGUGGCGUCGGUCCUCGGGCCGUUGCAAGUUGAGUUGAACCACCAUGUCUUCUCUCACACAGGACAACUUCUCUGCGUCAGACGACAACAUGCCGUCGCCAGAGAAGCUUCACGCGUCCCCCGAUACUAUGCAGAAGAGGAGCAGCAAAAACGUUGUUCUCAUCCCGCAGCCAAGCGACGAUGAGGAUGACCCGCUGAACUGGCCUAUACGGAAGAAGAUCAUUAUUUUCGCAUGCAUCUGCCUCGCCGGCUUCGCGGGCCAGAUGUCGCCCAACUCCAACCAGCUCACCUUCGUCCUCCAGAUCCCGACAUACGGAAAGACGCAGGCCGACCUGCUCAACACCGUCGCCGCCGCGCUCGCUGGCUGGAUGGCUGGUCCGUUCUUGUUUACGCCAUUUGCCGGCGUCGUCGGCCGCAGUUCAGUCAUCCUCUGGAGUCUCGCCAGCACCUUUGCGUGCCAGAUCUGGGCAGCGAACAUGACGGGCCCAGAUGACUUCAUCCCGUUCACCAUCUCGCGCCUCAUCUGUGGCUUGUUCGGCGUCAUCCCCGCUAUCAUGGGGACGGGAUACAUCAUGGACAUGUUCUUUCUGCACCAGCGCGGCAAGGCCUUUGCCAUCUUCGAGGUGCUGAUCAUCUUUGCCGUCGUCGGUGGCGGCACUCUUGGUGGGUUUAUCGCCGAGUCCAAACCGUGGGAAUACGUCUUCUGGUGGACCCUAGGGCCUGUUGGGGGAGCCAUUAUCCUGGUCUUCCUCUUCGUCGAGGACACUACCUUCAGCCGCGACCCCAGCGUCCCAAGGCGCGCCCCAAUGCCUAAGUCCUGGUUCCCUAACCGCGUCGCGACCUUCUUCCCCGGCUCAGCCACCCAGCCUACCGGAAGAUUCGCUGAAUUCAAACGCCGCGCCAUCGUCCCCCUCCAAAUCACAAUCGCCCCCAUCACCCUCGCGGUCGGAACCUUUGUCUUCGUUGCCCUCGGCCUGCCCAUCAUGCAAGCCUCCACCCUCGCCAUCUACCUCAUGCCCCCCGUCGUCGCCGGCGGCUACGGCUUCUCCUCGCUCCAGCUCGCCUUCUUCACCAUGACGGCCUGGAUCGGAAUCCUCGGCGCUCAAGCCUACGGGUACUUCUUCAACGACGCCAUCCCCCUCUGGGUCGCGCGCCGCCGCGGCGGCGUCUGGCACCCCGAGUACCGCCUCGCCAACGCCGUGCUCCCAGGCCUACUACUCCCCAUCGGCCUCGGGAUCUACGGCGCGGGUUUACAGCUACACCUCCACAUCAUGGUUCUUGCGCUCGCGAGCUUCCUGAUUUGGUUCGCUGCACUGCUUGUCCUGCCCGUGUGCUACAACUACAUUGUGGAGUGCUUCCUGCGCACGCCCGUCGAGGCCAGCGUCGCGCUCAACUCGUACCGCAUUGCGUUUGGGCUCAUGAGCGUCUUCAUCAUCACGCAGUGGCAGAUGGCGGUGGGCGUCGGCUGGAUGUGGGGCAUGGGUGCGUUUUUUGUACUGGCGGUGGAUGUGCUGAUGGUCUUGGUGAUCCUGAAGGGGCACUCGGUGAGGAAGCUCACGGUGCAUAUUAGUGAGACAAUUGCGGCGACCGAGGAUGGUGAGAGGAUUAUGGAGAAGGAAGAUGGUGGUCCGUGGAGCGCUGUUGGGUCUGUAGACGUAGCGACAUUAUAAAAAUUGCUUAGAAGAAGGAUCUACGAAUGGUCCACGUGAAAGACUAUAGUAUAUACACUGGCUUUAGUAUAUACUAUUUAACCUCCGUUGCAAAUAAAGCCAAAGUCUUCAUACAUAAAUAAUGCAGCUCGACGCAAUACUACUCUAUACCCCUCAUACUCGCACCUCACCAAGAAUAUAUGCUGAUAAGUGCACCCCUUUAUUACGCUGUAUAUAUGCAAGCCCCAUGCCUCUUACUUAUGUAGCCAUACCUGCCAUACCUGCUACCAAGCUACAGAGCUGCAACUCCGCAGCAAGGCCGCAGGGCACACUACACACCAGACUCGCAGUGGCUCAUAACAUCAGACCAACCGGUCCCGCAUAUACCCCCUUUCGGGAGAACCUCCGAGGCACCGCCCUCUACUAGCAAACCUAACCCCUGUCUCCCAUCCAUCCACCAUCCCAUCACACCUCCUCCCCUCUCCUGAGCCCCGCUGCGAACCAAGACAAGCCGCCUGUUAGCUUUAGGUAGCGGAGACGUGGUGAGAUUAGACAC